GAACGAGAAAAUCGAUAUGAUAUUCCUCAAGUUGUUAUUUAAUACCAUAUUAUUAUAUAAUAUAUUAAUAUGCAUGAGUACAACAGCAUUUUUUCUCAAGGAGAAUUCAAAGAAUGAUACGGAUUUCACAAAUACAUAUCGUUUACCGAAACAUAUAAUACCAUAUCAUUAUAACAUUCAGAUGUUAUGGCCAGAUGACCAGCCAGAAAUAACAAAUUUCCUUGGGGAAUGCCGUGUUUAUAUCAAAAUUAAUCAUCCAAUACGCCGCAUAAGUUUGCACGCCCAAAAACCGCAAAUAAAUAUAACUUCUGCAUUUCUAAAAAAAAAUGCAAAUAUGAUUGAAAAGGAAAUACAAUAUAUUCCACAGAAUGAAACGAAGUAUAACGAUAAAAGUCACAUUCUCAACUUUUAUUUUGCCGAAGAAAUACCAAAUGGAGAUUAUACUUUCGUUAUGAUGUUCAUCAGUUUUUUAAAUAAUGAUAAUGAAAGUAUCUUUAAGCUUUCUUCUCUAAACAGCACAGGAAGUGACAUAUGGCUGUAUGCAACGCAUUUCCAGACAAUUGGCGCUCGACAAAUAUUUCCAUGUUGGGACGAACCAGAACUCAAAGCAACCUUUAACAUUUCAAUAAGAUAUCGUAAAGAAUACAUUAUUUUAUGGAAUAUGAAUUAUGAAACAGAAACUGAUUUUAAUAAUAUCACAAUGCAAUGGAUGCACAUCAAUAUCCCUUUCAAAAUCUCUACUUAUCAUGUGGCAUUCUGUCUACUGAAAGAUAAAUGGUUUACAUUUACUAUUUCCUUGCAAUACAACUUGGAUGGUGCAUCAAUAAAUUCAUCUAAGAGAAUCGUAUGGAGUAGAGAUUCUUCUCAAAUAUCUUUCGCGCAAAAUGUUAUUGGACAAAUUUCAAGGUCUUUCAAAAAUGAUUUUGAAAACUGGGAAAAAAUUUCGAUAACCCAGCAUGUCUUCAUGCCAGGUCUUCGACAUAAUGCUAUAGAAAAAUUAGGUCUCGUUUUGUACAGAGAAACAGAUGUCAUCUAUGAUGAAGAACUAGAUUCCCUUGCGCACAAAAUUGAAGUGGCAUGUCUAAUAGCACGCCAAGUGGCAUAUCAAUGGUUUGGUAUUACGGUCAGUCCUUCCUGGUGGUCAUACCAUUGGUUGAACCAGGGUAUUGCUACGUUGCUUGGAAUAAAUGCUCUUCAAAAGAAUUUUGCGGAAUUUCGUACGUCGGAUCUAUUUGUAGUGCAAACACAACAAGAAUCUCUCCGUGUAGAUCGUUUUUCUACCAUUAUAACGCCUCUUACAGCAAAAAACAACAAAAAACCUUUCGAAAUUAAUUCACUUUUUUCUUUUUCCUAUUAUACUAAAGCACCUUCUAUAUUGCGCAUGUUGCGAUAUGUCCUCACUGAUAAAAUAUUUAAAGAAGGCAUUGAGAAAUUCUAUAAAGAGCAUAUGUUUAGAUCUGCAACAUUCGAUGAUUUCUGCAACGAUAUGCAGAUUGUUUAUGAAGAAAGAAAGCAGUCCCAUAUGGAAUCUUUUAUUAUAAAAGAUAUGAUGACAGCUUGGAUAAGCUACAUACAUUAUCCUUCACUGAAUGUUGAAACUGAUAAAGACUGUAAGACUGAUAAAAACACUCCUCCUUUCUUGAAAAUACAGUUAGAAAAUCACUAUAUACAGCUGUCACAUGAAUGGUGGAUACCUAUAACAAUAACUAAACAGACAGAACUCAAUUUUACAAUAUCUGCGAAUCAACAUAAUAUAGAGUGGAUGAAAGUCUCAUUUUCAAAUUAUAAACCAUAUUUCCUUAAUUUUUCUGUCAAAGAAAAUGAGUGGUACAUAAUUAACAUACAACAAAUGGGAUAUUAUCGUGUUAAUUAUAAACCCAAGAAUUGGAAAAAUAUUGGAGAUAUUGAAUUUAUAGAAUAUCCGAAUAUACAUGUUCUUAAUCGUGCUCAAAUUAUCGAUGAUGCAUAUCAUUUCGCGAUGGUAGAUGAACUCAACUUUUCUAUAUUCUUGGAACUCACGGAAUAUCUAUCACGAGAGACAGAUUAUGUCGCAUGGUAUCCUAUGUUUAAGAUUCUCGAAGAUAUGUCAAGAAUCUUUCCAUUUCCAGAUAAAAUAUUUAUUUUCAAGAAUAAAAUCUUGAACAGUUUGAAUAGGCUUCUACAAAACAUCGAUUAUGAUAAAAAACCUAACGAGAAAUUUGACGAUUUAAGCGAUUGUUUGAGGCAGGAAGCCAGUAAAUGGGCAUGUAUUCUCGGUGCGCCAAAUUGCAUGAAAACAGCCGAAACUAAAUUGCAUCAACAUCUCAUAAAUCCUGAAAUAAACAAACUUUUGCCGUGGUGGAAACAUUGGACAUUCUGUAAUGGUUUAAUGAUAGCGAACGAUAGUGUUUGGUACAAAGUAUGGAUAAUACAUCAAAAUAAUCCUACUUCAAUAACUUCAAAAUUCCUUGCUUGUUCCGAUAAUUCUGCUAUUAUUAUCAAAUAUAUAGAAAUGUUAUUCAUUGAUUUUAUUACAAAAAUGAGGGAUAAUUUUUUAAAUGAUAUUCUUUAUAUUAUUGUGAAACAUGCAAACAAUAAUAGAACGCUUAAUAAUAUCUUAAAGAAUUUAGAGAAGAUACCCAGAGAAUACAUUCCUAAGUAA